CAGGCUUGCAGCAGAGCCCAUCGCAGUUGACUGUUUGAGCAGCCCACCCCUCUCUGCAGUAUGCAUGUUCGUCAGGGAAUCCGCGAAGCGCUCACGUCCCAGCAGUGUACUUCACCGGCCAGAGACCAUCUACCAAAGAGCCGAGGAUAAUAAAAGUGGAUGUGGCAGACGGACAGGAGGCGGAAAGCCCGGAGUGACCGGAGGAAUACAGUAUUACUACAGGAAUACAGGCUGCCACUCUCCUCUGAACGUGGACAAUCAUGCAUGUGCUCUUCUGGGGCUUGGGGUUCCUGCUAUUCCCUGAUUUCUUGAAUGUAGUCGCAUCUACAGGGAAAUUGCUUUUGAACUCAAGCACAGUAAAAGACGAGAUCGGCAUUUAUGAGAUUGUAACACCGGUGCGGGUGAAUGAAGACGGUGACAAGCUUCCAACUAGUGUGCACUUCAAGAGAAAAAGACGAAGUUUGGACGAAAGCACCGGUAAUACUACGGAUCACUGGGCCUCGCCAAAUAUUCACUACAGGAUAUCUGCUUUUGGACAGAAUUAUCACCUCAAUCUCACGCUGGAUUCGGGAUUUAUCGCACCUCUUUACACUGUGACAGUACUUGGAGUACCCCGAGGAGAUAACAUAACGGAUUUUGCAACAGAUGGGGAGGAAGAACAGGAGGAGGAGGACACGGAGUUAAGACACUGCUUCUAUAAGGGACAAGUAAAUGCACAAGCAGAACAUGCCGCGGUCAUCAGUUUGUGCUCCGGACUGCUUGGCACUUUCAGGUCUCCAGAUGGGGAGUAUUUUGUUGAGCCCUUACACAGCUACCAAGGAGAACACUAUGAAGAGGAACACACAAAACCUCAUAUUGUGUACAAGAAGAGUGCACCCAAGAAACAGUCAUCUGGGGAGAACUCAGCUUGUGACACUUCAGGGCACAAACACAGACACAAGAGGCACAAGCUUAAAGGAAGGCCAGUGGCUGACGUGACCACCGUUUCCAAUGCUGCCCCUGUGGUCAGUACUGGUGUAUUCACUGACUUAGAGUCACUGAGUGCCAGCCUUGCCAGCGAUCCUCUGCUCAGAUCACAGAGCAGCAGUGCUAGUGCUCGACCAUCAAAUGAUAGCAGCGGUGACUCAGGACCUCACAGGAGAUCAAAGCGCUUCCUCUCCUACCCGCGCUUCGUUGAAGUCAUGCUGGUGGCCGACAGCAAAAUGGUGGAGCAUCAUGGCAGCAAUCUACAGCACUACAUACUCACAUUAAUGUCCAUCGUAUCCUCUAUCUAUAAAGACCCCAGCAUUGGAAACCUGAUCAACAUCGUGAUUGUGAAGUUAGUAAUAAUCAACAAUGAGCUGGAUGGUCCAGUCAUUUCUUUUAAUGCACAGACCACUUUAAAGAACUUCUGCAUUUGGCAACAGAGCCAAAACAUUCUGGAUGAUAACCACCAUUCACACCACGACACCGCCAUCCUCAUCACCAGGCAGGACAUCUGUAGAGCAAGGGAUAAGUGUGACACUUUAGGACUUGCAGAGCUGGGUACCGUGUGUGAUCCAUACAGGAGCUGCAGCAUAAGUGAAGACAAUGGACUCAGCACUGCCUUCACCAUCGCCCAUGAACUUGGCCAUGUGUUCAAUAUGCCUCAUGACGACAGUAACAAGUGUAAGGAAGAUGGAGUUAAGAUUCAGCAACAUGUAAUGGCUCCCACACUUAACUACAACACAAACCCGUGGAUGUGGUCCAAGUGUAGCAGGAAGUACAUCACAGAGUUCCUUGACACAGGAUAUGGUGAGUGCUUGCUUGAUGAGCCAGUUUCUAGGCCAUACAGUCUCUCGCAGCAGCUGCCUGGACGGAUAUACAAUGUCAAUAAACAGUGUGAAUUGAUAUUUGGGCCAGGGACACAGGUGUGCCCUUAUAUGACCCAGUGUAGGAGGCUGUGGUGCACCAGUCCUGAGGGUGCCCAAAGAGGCUGCAGGACUCAGCAUAUGCCCUGGGCAGACGGCACAGACUGCUCCCCUGGAAAGCAUUGCAAACAUGGCCUGUGUAUAGCCAAAGAACAUGAUGCCACACCUGUGGAGGGGGCAUGGGGAGUUUGGAGUCCCUUUGGUACCUGUUCGCGAACAUGCGGCGGGGGAAUCAAGAUUGCUGUUCGCGAAUGCAACCGACCCGUGCCCAGGAAUGGAGGAAUGUAUUGUGUUGGCCGCAGAAUGAAGUUCCGUUCCUGUAACUCUGAGCCCUGCUCCAGGCAGAAGAAAGACUUCAGGGAGGAGCAAUGCGCAGCUUUCGAUGGCAGGCACUUUAACAUCAACGGUCUACCUCCUAAUGUUCGCUGGGUACCCAAGUACAGCGGAAUCCUGAUGAAGGACAGGUGUAAGCUGUUCUGCAGGGUGGCAGGCAGCACAGCCUACUAUCAGCUCAGGGACCGAGUUAUUGAUGGCACACCAUGCGGACCCGAUACCAACGACAUCUGUGUCCAGGGCCUGUGCAGGCAAGCAGGCUGUGACCAUGUACUGAACUCUAAAGCCAGAAGGGACAAGUGUGGUGUGUGCGGAGGCGAUAACUCUUCCUGCAAAACUGUGGCGGGCACCUUCAACAUCGUCCGCUAUGGCUAUAAUGAAGUUGUGCGAAUACCCAGUGGUGCAACAAAUAUAGAUGUGCGUCAGCACAGCUAUUCAGGGAAACCGGAGGAUGACAACUACCUCGCCAUAUCAAAUAGCCGUGGAGAGUUCCUGCUUAAUGGAGAGUUUGUGGUCAGCAUGUUCAAAAGGGAAAUCAAAGUGGGGAAUGCCAUCAUAGAGUACAGUGGCUCUGACCAUGUCAUUGAGAGGAUCAACUGCACUGAGCGCAUAGAGGAGGAGAUCAUUGUCCAGGUGCUGUCUGUAGGGAACCUUUACAACCCAGAUGUCAGGUACUCUUUUAACAUCCCCAUAGAGGACAAACCUCAGCAGUUCUUCUGGGAUGCCUAUGGGCCCUGGCAGGAGUGCAGCCGUCUGUGCCAAGGAGAGCGCAAGCGUAAGAUUCUCUGUAGCAGAGAGUCCGACCGGGUGGUGGUGUCAGACCAGAGGUGUCACGGUACAGCUAGACCUGCUGUCAUCAAUGAGUCCUGCAAUACUGAAUGUGAACUCAGGUGGCAUGUGGCUCGCAAGAGUGAGUGUACGGCCCAGUGUGGCCUGGGAUAUCGAACCCUGGAAAUUUACUGUGCCAAAAUCAGCCAUACAGAUGGGAAGACCCAGAAGGUUGAUGACCGCUACUGUAGCGGUCAACGCAAGCCUGAUGACAAGGAAGGUUGCCAUGGUGACUGCAAUCCGGGUGGCUGGGAGUACUCAUCUUGGUCGGAGUGCUCCAAAAGCUGUGGUGGGGGAACCCGCCGUCGAGGGGCAGUGUGUCGAAAGGCAGCUGAGGCUGGCGGCGAUGAGAGCAAAUGCAGUCAAAGGGACAAACUGACCGUCCAACCCUGCAAUGAAUUUCUCUGUCCACAAUGGAAGACUGGCGACUGGUCUGAAUGCCUCGUAACAUGUGGGAAAGGCUAUAAGCAUCGUCAGACAUGGUGUCAGUUUGGUGAGGACCGUUUAGAUGACCGCUUUUGUGGCUCGUCUAAACCUGAGUCUGUGCAGACUUGCCAGCAGCAGGAGUGUGCCUCUUGGCAGGUCGGACCCUGGGGACAAUGCACUACCUCAUGUGGGCCAGGCUACCAGAUGCGAGCAGUGAAGUGUGUAGUUGGCUCUUAUGGUGCUGUCAUGGAUGACACUGAAUGUAAUGCUGCCACCCGACCCACUGAUACCCAGGACUGUGAACUGGCUCAGUGUCCCAGCAGCCAUCCUAUUCUCCCAGGGACCAAAGUCCCCUCCCACCAGGGCUCUAAAACUCAGUGGCGGUUUGGUUCCUGGACCCAGUGUAGUGCCAGCUGUGGCAAAGGGACACGCAUGCGGUACGUGAGUUGCCGUGACAACCAGGGCGGUGUGGCAGAAGAGUCAGCGUGUGCCCACCUACCAAAACCCCCUGCCAGGGAAGUGUGCUCAGUAGUGGCCUGCGGACAGUGGAAGGUGCUGGAAUGGACAGUGUGCUCAGUAACCUGUGGUCAGGGGAAGACGACACGGCAGGUACUGUGCGUCAACUUCAGUGAACAAGAAGUGAAUGAGAGUGAGUGUGACCUAGACGAUCGUCCCACCACAGAGCAGGACUGUGCCAUGUCUCAAUGCCCCUCCCGUUCCAGUGAGUCCCGACCUUUCCCAUCCUUGCCAAACACCAGCAGAGGGAACAACCUGCCACGAAGCCAAUCCCACCAAUGGCGGACUGGACCCUGGGGCGCGUGUUCCAGCACAUGUGCAGGAGGUUUCCAGCGGCGCGUAGUUGUGUGCCAGGAUGAGAAUGGGUAUCCUGCCAAUAGCUGUGAGGACCGCAGCCGGCCCAGUGAGCAACGAUCCUGUGAGUCGGGGCCAUGUCCACAGUGGGUCUAUGGCAACUGGGGGGAGUGCACCAAGCCAUGUGGAGGUGGGAUAAAAACAAGGCUGGUGGUGUGUCAGCGUCCAAACGGCGAGCGUUUCAAUGAUCUGAGCUGCGAGAUCCACGACAAGCCCCCAGAUCGUGAGCAGUGCAAUACUCAGCCGUGCCCAUCUAGCCCCCAUUGGAGCACAGACCCAUGGAGCUCGUGCUCAGCCUCCUGUGGAAGAGGGUUCAAGUCCCGUAAAGUAAGCUGUGUGACUGGGUCAGGCCGUCCCGUUACAGAGGAAAACUGCCAGCCUCUGUCCCCCAAACCCAGCAAGCAGAGGCGCUGCCGAGGAGGAAGAUGUCCCAAGUGGAAGACUGGCAACUGGGGAGAGUGUUCUGCAUCGUGUGGAGACGGCAUCCAGCGUCGGGAGGUCUCUUGCCAGGUCGGAGGCCGACAGAGCCCCCAGGAGAGAGGCUGCUCUCAGCGGUCAAGACCUGCGUCCAGCCAGAGCUGCCGGGUGGCUGAGUGUCCCUCUCGGUACCGCUGGAGAGAAGGAGAAUGGCAGCCGUGCAGUAAGUCAUGUGGAGAAGGCCACCGAAGACGACCAUUGCAGUGUGUGGACCACAAUCAGCAGGAAGUACAUGAGAUCUACUGUGUAAACCAGAUCAGACCUCCAGACAUAGAAAGCUGUAAAACUGAGGCCUGUGGGUUCAUUUGGAUCACAGGAGAAUGGACUGAGUGCUCCUCCAGCUGUGGCCAGGGCUACCGUCAGCGUCUGAUCUCCUGCAGCGAGGUGCAUGUGGAGAAUGACAACUAUGAGUACAGCCAUCAGUCUUUGUCCAACUGUCCAGGGACCCCUGAGAGCUACAUGACUUGCAUGGACCCCUGCCCGCCUCCACAGGAGUGGAGGGUUGGAAUCUGGGGUUCGUGUUCAGCCAGCUGUGGAGAAGGAGUGAUGGAAAGGACAGUGCAGUGCGUGUCAGCGGAUGGCCAGCAAAGCAAUAAGUGUUCCCUAGAUGCCAUUCCAGAGGCCAGAAAAAUCUGCAGAAAUCCAGGCUGCCACUUGCCCUCUAGCUGUAUGGAGGUCCAGAGCAUGAGCAGACCCCUCUCAGACAGUGAACACCUUCUGAAUAUUCAAGGAAAGGCAAUCAAGGUCUACUGUGCAGGAAUGCAGACAGAGGCUCCACAGGAGUACAUUUCCUUGACGACUGGGGAAGGGGAGAAUUUUUCAGAGAUCUUCGCCUUCAGGCUCAAUGACCCCACCCAGUGUCCAGCCAAUGGCUCGAGAAGAGAGGAUUGUGACUGUCGGAGAGACUACACUGCCGCUGGCACAACCACCUUCUCUAAAGUCCGCCUUGACCUCAGCAAUAUGAAGAUCAUCACUACAGAUUGGCAGUUUGCUUUCACCCGUGAAGGCAAGAGUGUUCCUUUUGCGACAGCUGGAGACUGCUACAGUGGAGCUCGUUGUCCACAGGGCCGAUUCAAGAUCAACCUCUCAGGAACCGGUUUUAAGGUGACUGAGGACGCCUCAUGGAUCUCUCAGGGCAACUAUGCAGUGGUUGAUGUACAAAAAUCACAGGAUGGCAGCAGAGUGUCAGGAAUGUGUGGAGGCUACUGUGGUAAAUGUACGCCAUCAUCCAGCUCCAGUCUGCCAGUAACAGUGGAAAGGACCUAAAGGUGCUCAUUGUGUCCAAGUUGCCCUCAUCUAUGGUGCUACAAACCCGUCCCUCACAUGACCUCUUUUACUCAUGUGUGUAUAGUGUAAAUUAGUCUGGUGUAAGUACUGUACAAAGCAGGAUAAGAAUGCCUUAUUUAUUAUACUCCCCAUUUAUUUUUGUAUAAUAUAAUUUAACAAGUUUGUGUUCCUUUUGAUAUUUUACCUCAGAAUUAUUCCACACUUUAUGCCAUAUGUUGCUAUUGAGAUCCUUUCAGUGAGUUGUGUUUAUUCUGAUAAUGUUAGAGUUGCAGGGAGGUGUCACUGAUCAGUAAGUCAUUGUUUUGACACAUGGCACAUGCACAGAUGCCUAACAUAACCAUAGACCUGUUUUACACUGUGUGCUGUUGGGCAGCUCUGUUAGAAGUAUUUUUUGGUUUAGAGAAGUGCUCACUUUCUUUUUGUAAAUGUAUGUCCCAGUCCAACAUUCUUCUUUCUCAUGGGCAAUUGUCGUUCUGCUAAUUUCACUUAUUGGGCUGCUGCAAUCCGUGGAAGUCUUAGAGACUUGAUGCCUCACACACCAGGACUCCUCUCACCUUGUUUUACUGUUGAUAUGUUAUAUCUCUAUAGCUUAACAAUUACAAAGCAAGGGAUCAUUAAUCAACUGGAUUGUGCAACUUCAACCGUAAGCAGUUACAGAACUGGACAGGAGAGAGGAAAUCGAGUAAAGUUGAUUUUAUGCAUUUUUAUGAUCCAUGCAACAGCAUCAAUAUGAUCCUAAAUAUUUUUGAUUCGUAAGAAGAUUCCGUCAUACUUUUGGCUGGUUUGAAGGAAGAAAAUAAACAUAGCUGUAACUUUCUUCUCAGGUAGAAGAACAGCUGGUAUGAAGAUAAUUAACAUUUUUAAAGCGUUCUAAGCAUGAAGUGUGUGUUAGGCAGGAAGGGUCAAAAAUAGGGAGGAAGUAAGAUGUUUACUGACACACUGUAACACUUUACUUGAUCAUAAGGAAAUGCUAUAGGCUACAAGAGCUGAAGAGAUUAUUUUGCCAGACAUCAGAGAGAACCAAGCUCUCUUAUUUCUUGCAUAUCGCUCUGAUAGUGUGCAGUGACCAGAGAGCCAUUAGCCUCUAGCUUUUCCAGAGCAGACAGGUUAUCUUAUCUGGAGCAGCAUUAAAGAAAGACUUCACCUCUGGGCAAUAAAGGAUACACAGGAGAUAUAAUGCGCUGGUCUGGCCCUGGGGACACCUCAAACUUUAAAGCUCACAGGCACUGCAGUAUGAUUUCUGUCCAGCUGCUGCCUGUACAGUAAACAAUUGGCUUCUGCACCUCAUAUUCCUCUCUCCCUGUUUGCUUUUGAGCAUCUGCCUUAACUAUACAUGUUGGUCCUUCAGGUUUUAAGCUGUCUGACUUGUUUUUCUGACAAUAUCAGGGUACUUUCUGUGUUUAUGUAUGUCCUUGAAUGCAGUGAACAGACUUUUUCUUUCCAGAUACAUUGAUGGACACAGGAAGGAUUUGAAUAGUACAGAAAAAUAGAAUACACAGAAACACAUUUUUACACUCAUGAAGCCUUAACUGUGUGUAAGUUAGAUAUUUAGGGUACAUACUGUAUGUAAAACUUAUUAAGAAGCCAUAUGUUGUUUUAAUUAGACUGUCUUUAUAUUGUGCUAUUUCAGUGUCUAAUGUGAUAAUAUGCAAUUACAACCAAAGGGAAUUUCACUGUCUUAAAAUGCCACUAAACUAGUAGAAAAACACCUGUAAAGACAGGGAAGUAAACAAAUUGUGCCUUAACAUUUGCAGCUGAAAAAUGCACUUCUCAUUGUGAAUGUCAAAGCUUAGUUCUGUCAAUGUUCUCAGGUGCCAUAAAUGAAGGGACUAUUAUGAUACUGAAGUGUGUUUAUCUUAUUUUACACAGUUGUCUCAUUGUAAUCAGAUGACUGAAAAUGUACCAUUGAAUUUAUCAAUGUAAAGUGCCUUUAUAAAUGCUCUAUUUUACAUACAAAUAUUUAUAUCUGUGAAUGUACAUAAACAUUGACCAUAAAAAAACAUGAAGUAUUACCAUCAAAUUAACUGUCUGCCAGGUCGUUCUGUUUUGUGAAUAUUUAUGUUUAAAUGUCAUAACUGCAUGUAUUGUUAAAGCAGAGUUUGGUGCUGCCAAAUGAAAAGCAUGAAUAUAUAUUUGAUUAGAUAUGACGAUAAUCAGAAGGAAAUUAAAUGCCUGAUACAUUCCACACUU